UAAAGAGUGGCAUAUGAAGUGCACUGAUCUUAGAAUGUUCGGCGCAGUUGCCUGCAGGCCUGUCUUGGACCAAAGUCCUACCGUGUGUGGCGGGCGUGUCUCCAUCAGGCGGGUUCCUCACGAAACUCUGGAACAUACUGGCAAACUUCUUGAUCUGGUCAGGAACAUCACAAACGUCAAACGAACCAUAAUUAUCAACGGUAUAGCCCUUCACGUGCAAACAAAUUACACCGCUGUGCAGGAAUAUCUCCAACCAGCCUUCGACUUCCUCAAUCAGCGCGGUGCUCUAUGGCCACGGUUCCUCUUCACUGGCCUGAGUGAUUUCGGAGCCUUGAUGAAGGCAGUCCCAAACUUAUUACGGGCGCAAAGAGCAACGUUCAAUAACAAGAUGGCCAGCUUCGUACAGCGUCAUGGUGCGUUGUAUCUAGACCUGUAUAAUCUUACACGCGGUGUCCGAAGCUUUGACGGGAAUCAUUUCGCUGUUGGUUUAAAUCGAGCAAAAGCAUUUAUCAUUUCAAACUACAUACAACAUUUGAAAGAUAAGGGAGAGUGGUGAUUCUGAAAAUUGAUGUACAUGUACUCAUUACUUAUCCUUA